AUGGUCAAUCUGGCGGCAACAUAUAGCGACCUAGGCCAAUGGGAAGAGGCUAAGAAACUCAACAUUCAAGUUUUGAAAGCCCGCAGGGCACGGCUAGGCGAGGAUCAUCCAUCUACGCUACGAAGUUCGGGGCACCUGGCUUCAACAUAUCGGAAGCUUGGCCAAUGGGAGGAGGCUGAGAUAUUAGAGGAGAUGGUGAUGGCAACUCUCACGGCAAAGCUCGGCGAGCAUCAUCCUGACACACUCACGAGUAUGGAUAAUCUAGCUUUGACGUAUCAAUAUCAAGGCAGAUGGAAGGAGGCUGAGAAUCUUGAAGCGCGGGUAAUCGAGACUCGCAAGACUUUCUUUAGCGAAGAGCAUCUUGAUACUCUCACGAGUAUGAGCAUUUUAGCCUUGACAUAUCAAAAUCAAGGACGGUGGAAAGAGGCAGAGGAGCUUGAAACGCGUGUUCUAGAGCUUCGCAAAGUGAAGCUCGGCGAAUUUCAUCCUGAUACCCUAGCAAGCAUGCAAAACCUAGAGUGUGCUUUUGGGGGCCAAGGUCGGGGUGAAGAUGCUGAAAACCUUCUCAUUCAAGUGUUUGAAGGUACCAAGUCGAAUUUCGGAAUGGAGCACCCCGACACUCUGACGAUUGUGAAUAAUCUGGCGUCGACGUAUAGCUCCCGGGGUCGGUGGGAGGAGGCCGAGAGGUAUUUCCUACAAGUUAUUAAAUCAAGGCAGGCAACAAUCGGCAAAAAUAAUCCAUCUACGCUAGUGAGCAUACAAAGUCUAGCGUCAAUGUAUAAGAACCAGGGCCAGUGGGAGAAAGCCGAGAAGCUCGAGAUACAUGUAUCGAAUGAAAGGCCUCAACCUUGA